AUGUGUUCCAUCUCCUAUGGUGCAGGAACUGUGAGCUAUGAUGAAGUGAAGGACUCUGGAGCAAACUUGGGGAGCAAAAACAUUGUAAGAGGCAACAUUAACUUUCUUGUAAUUUGCGUACGGUGUACUGAUAAGGAUCUAAAGUGUAUGAAUGGAUACUACCCUUACCCUUUCCUGGGUAGGGAUGACUUCUUUGUUCAAAGGCCAUGA